AAUGGACAAACAUCUGUAUUCAGCCAGUUAUCCAGUCCAGUCAAAAGCCCUGAACCAUCUGAGUCGGAGCUGGUGGAGACUUCAAGCAUUCGAGAGGAAGUCGUGGACCUGAGAGAAAUAAAGAAUGGUCUUUCUGAGAUUAAGACCGAGGUUAUCGAUGUGGAACCGAUCGCCAAGAUGGACAACCGCUUCUUUGGCGAGCUUCUUGCCGAGGUUUACCGCAAGAACUCAGAUAUUCACACCUGCAUCUCCGAGCAUGUGGCCAAGAUUCGCGGAAGGAAACACCUUCUGGACCCCACCAUUGACUACAAGGUGGAAAAAGAAGAUAUAGAGAGUGUCAUUCCUAAAGGAGUGUCCGAACUGACUAAGCAGCAAAUCCGCUACCUGCUGCAGACUCGUAUGACGGCUGAUAAGACCAUGCGUCUGUUGAUGGCCACAUUCAGCAGUCUGCGAGAGGAGCUAGUGCAUAUGCAGGAUGAUCUGAGGCGUCUGGAGAGCGAGAAGGAGGAGCUGGAGAGAGAUCUGAGCUUCAAGGCGGAUCAGGCUCUGCAAUACGACAGACUACUGGAGACCGUUCGUGAGCACAACAGACAGCUGCAGGCUGCUGUGAAGGAAAGUAAUAAUGCUCAGCGUACUCUAGAAAGUCAGCUACUGACUAUGCAGAGCAAAGACCCCAGCAAAGACUUCCGCGUUAAAGAAUUGGAGGGCAGCAAAAGAGCCCUGGAGCAGGAGAACGAGCUGCUCAGGAAGAAGUUGGCAGGGCAGUGCAGUAGUUCCACUGUCCAAAUCAAAACACAGGAGCUGUCCAGAGAGUAUGAACAGAUGCUGAACGAUCUACGAGAGGAGAAGGACAGAGAACUCAAGAACCUGCGGACUCAACUUGUAAAGAUCCAGACCGAGCGCACCAUUACACAGACCUCUGACAGCAGUUUGGAGAUACGUAUCACUGAGCUUCUGUCCAAACUAGAACAGCGUGAAAGUGUCAUCAGACAUCAGGAGGAGGAUAUCAGGCGACUCAAACAGCAGAAGGUCGACUCCAACUCCAGCAGUACAACGAGGACUGUCGUUACCAAGAGAUACAUGAACCAGUACCCUAUUCUGGGUCUGCUGAGUGACGAUUACCAGUACACACCACCCAUUAAAGAGGACAGGACUGUUGUCAUCGAGAGUACGGGGGUCACCUCGCGAGUCAUCUAGACUGUAAGACUUUAAAUUGUUUGGAAAGGGACACAUUUCUCUAGGUGCAGGGUAGAAAUGUUUUAUGAUGUUUUGAAAUAAAAGCUUUUAGAAAAGGAGGGCAUUUACAUA